UAUGUAGAAAGUAGAAGCCCCAAGAAUAAAGCCUUCUCCUAUUGCAGAUGCAAAAUUAUAGACUAAAAUAUUAGAUCUUCUUCGAUAGGCUUUAAAUUAUAAGCAAUUAAAAAAAGGAGCUAAUGAAGUCUUAAAAAAGUAUAAUCUAACAAAUAAAUUAGUCUUGAUAAAGGAAUAUGUGAAUUAGUGAUUUUGGCAGCUGAUUGUGAUCCUAUAGAAAUAGUAGCAAAUAUACCUAUUAAAUGUGAAGAGAAAGUAAUUAAAUGGAAAUAAAAUAGAAUGUUUCAUAUUGUUUUGUGUCAACUUAAGCAAGUUUAGGUAGAGCUUGUGGUAUCAGUAGACCUGUUGUUGCAGCCACAAUUGCAUAAAGUGAAGGCUCUUAAUUGAAAACAUAGAUUAUUGAAAUGAAAGACUUAAUUGAUUAAUUAUUUAUUUGA